ACUACCUCUCGUUGUAAUGCUCGUUUCAUACCUUUUCUAGAGACCACAGCUGCUACGAGCACCUAAAAAUGGAAGACAAUGAUGGAAGACUGUUGUGUAAAACAGUAAAAGCCUGUUGGUUUUUGGAAACUCCGUUCAACAAAACACUGUUGUGAAGAACUUUGUCACCGUUGAAAUGAAACUCCAGUUCAAAGAAAACAUGAUUGUUUGUUUGUUUAGGGUUAAUAUUAUUAUUCAUUUUCAUUUAAAAACAGAUUGUACAAUCGUGGGCACUCUGACAAUCGAUCACAUCACCCGAAAGGGAAACACAAAGGUGAGGGCAAAAUUCAUAAUUUGGUAUUGUUACCAUGUAAACGGAGGAUGAAUUGACAUUUUCUUUCCAAGGGGAUCAUUUGGCCGAUUUGGUUAGCUGAAUGGGUCGUACAUACAAAUUUCGGAACUCGAUAUCUGGCCCCGGCGGGGUGAAUAAACCGAAUAUCCGAACAGGAACACGGGAUAGAAGCACCAUGGAAAUAACUGAUGCUGAGAAACUUCACCGACGUCCCCGCAAUAAUUGGGCGGUCGUUCACGAAGGUCCGGUCGUGACGCCGUCGGACGGUGAAGAACCACGACUACGAUCUCCGACUGUCGAACGCUCAAUUCGUAAGCGAGGUCUGGACUGGAGGGAUUCUGAGAGAGUACGGAAGAAAACACAGCAGUAUAUGUUCCAUCAUUCACAGCUUGUUCGGAUGGUGGUUUAUCAGCAUCUGAAGCUUUUCUUAGCUUUAUAAAAGCCAUUGACCCACAAGACAUGCUUGGGAUUGGCACAAACGAAUCAACGCAACAUCUGCACUUGAAUAAGUUGGAAGGUGUAAAAUAUAGCCCUCAGGGUGAUAUUGUUGAAAUCAGGUUUGAGAAAUUGAACCUCAGUGGCAGAAUUGAUGCAGAUUCUGUCUGCAAGCUUUCUAGUCUAAGAGUUCUUAACUUGGCUAAAAACAACAUCCAAGGUAACAUUCCUAAUUCAAUUGUGUGCUGUACAAGGUUGACUCACUUGAAUCUUAGCAACAACAAUUUGAGUGGAGAGUUACCUUUUGUUCUGCCAAAACUCAAACAUCUUAGGAGAAUAGACAUUUAUAACAAUCACUUUACUACCACCUCACCUCAAUUCAAGGAGUUGAUGCAUAGGAAGUCUCUGAGAUCAUGGGUGGUUCGGCGAGACACCAUCAAUCCCAGUGUAGAAGCUGUGUCACCCGUCUCGUCUAGCUCACAAAGUAGUAAGUCUGAUAGUGGUGUGGGAGCACACUGGCUUGGCUCCAAUAAGUUAAUAUUGUUGAUAAUCAUUAUCGUUGGAUCUGCAACCUUUUUAAUAUUGUCAGUCCUAGUAUGCAAGAGGGCUUCAAAGUUAGGACUUAAAAAAGAGAUAUUUCAUAAGGCCCUUCAGAAGUCUCCUCCUGUUGCGGCUCUAUCAGCCAUGUCUAGUGAGGCAGAAAAACCAGAUGAAUCCCUUCAAGUCCAGCAAGAGCUCAUGUUCUUUAAUGAAGAAGAUGAACAAUUCAAAGUGGAGGACCUUCUUGAAGCAACAGCAGAUUUACAAAGUUUGGAUAUCUGCACUAGUCUUUUCAAGGUUAGGUUAAAGAGCCAAUAUUAUGCUGUCAAAACAUUGAGGAAAAUGCAGAUAAACUUUGAUGAAUUUCGUAAAACCAUGAUGCUAAUAGGAAACUUGCGGCACCCAAAUAUUUUGCCACUUGUGGGUUAUUAUUCAGCAAAGGAUGAGAAACUACUGAUCUACAGGUACCAGCAACGUGGAAGUCUGCAUGAAAUGCUUGAGAGUUGUAUUGAAGGAAAGCAAAAAUUCCCAUGGAGAAUUAGACUAUCCAUAGCAAGUGGAAUAGCAAAGGGUCUGGGUUUUAUAUACCAAAGAUCAAAUACACAUGACUCCAUUCCACAUGGGAAUUUAAAACUUUCAAACAUUCUCUUGAACGAAAACAACGAACCGCAAAUCAGCGAAUAUGGGAUCACAAAGUUUCUAGACGCUAAGAGAGUUCGUCUUCUUUCCUCAAAGGGGUAUACAGCCCCUGAGAAAAAGCUAUCUGAGAAAGCCGAUGUAUAUAGCUUUGGAAUCAUAUUACUUGAGUUAUUAACAGGAAAAAUGGUAGCAAAAGAAGGUAUCAAUCUCCCCAAAUGGGUCAGAAACAAGGUAAGAGAAGAAUGGACCUGUGAAGUUUUCGACGAAGAAGUUGCUCGAAAUGCUGAAAAAUGGGCGUUUUCUGUGCUGCUUGUUGCCUUAGAUUGUGUCUCUCAUUACCCUGAAGGAAGGCCAACCAUGGCCGAGGCUCUGAAAAAGAUAGAGGAAGUAGUGAAGGUAGUGGAAGAUCAUGAACAACGCAUUUCACCUUUGUCUUCUGAUUUUGGCUCUCCUGAGUCUUAUCGUUAGUACUUCUGUAUACACACAUACAGGAUAUUUUUGUUUUCUUACCAAGCCUGUUUUGGUUUGUGUCGAACCUGAACCGUUAUUCAUAUUAACGUAUCAGUAGUAUUGCUUACCGAGUACAAUUGUGAUGUAGAAUAUGUGAUGUAGUAUUGCUUACCGUUAUUCAUAUUAAAGAUUUAUAGAUACUACCGUUUUUCUA